UCGACGACGACAACAGCAUCACGUCCCCCCGAUUUGGCAGCCCAUAAAGCCCCGCCACCCAGAUGGCACCCGCCAGCCGAGCAAAGCCUCAACGAGCGCCCCGUGCUGGUCGUCGGCGCGGGCAACAUCGGGCGGCGCGUAGCCCUCGUCUGGGCGUCCAACUCGCGGCCCGUAACCAUCUACGACAUCUCGCCCGACGCUUUGCGCUCCGCAACCGAGUACAUCACCGACCACCUGGGCGCCUACUGCGCCGAGCGGGGCACGCACCCAGGCCACGUGAGCACGACAACCGACCUGCGCACGGCGACCACCUCAUCGGGAAGGACGGAAAAGAACGCCGAAGGCAAGUUCUCAGCCGAGGAACUAACCAAAGCCCCCUGGCACGCCAUCGAGUGCCUGCCGGAAUCUUUGCCCUUAAAAACCUCGGUGCUUGCACUCCUGGAGCGCUCGCUGCCCUCGGACUGCGUGCUCGCGUCCAACAGCAGCAGCUUAACGACGGCGGAAAUGGCGGCCGAGGGCCCGCUUGCGCAUCCGGAGCGGUUGCUGAAUACGCACUACUUCAUCCCGCCGCGCAACCGCAUGGUGGAGCUCAUGUCGAGCGGCGAGACGGCGGGGGCGAUCUUCCCGUUUCUGGCAUCACAGAUGCGUCGCGUGGGGUUCACGCCCGUGACGGUGCCGAGGGAUGUGCAGUCGAGAGGGUUUGUGUUUAACCGGAUCUGGGCUGCGUGUAAAAGGGAGACGCUCGCGGUGCUGGCGGAGGGGGUGGCCAAGCCUGCGGAUGUGGACGCACUGUUUCGGGAUUUUUUUCAUGCCGAGAAGGGGCCGUGUGAGAGGAUGGAUGAGGUGGGGUUGGAUACGGUUGCGCAGGUUGAGCAGCAUAAUUUGGAGAGGAAGCCGGGGUUGGGGAGUGAGUCGGUGUUGGCGUGGUUGAGGGAGAAUUAUGUGGCCAAGGGGAAGUUGGGUGAGAAGAGUGGUGAUGGGCUGUUCACGGGUGAGGAGAGAGACGCGUUGAGGGAGAAGCAUCAUAGGGAGAGGUAUAAGGAUGUUGAGGAGACGUCGGGUGCUUGA